AUAUGUUACUUUCAAUAUUUUACUUUUAUGGCAGUUGUAUAACACUGACCUACUUCUCAACAGUCGUCCUUAUUUUCUUUGGUCUGAGCUGGGGAGUGCUUCCACAAUGGUAUCUUCACGUGGUUGCAAUGAUUCAAGGAUAUUUCCCACGAGAAAAACUUGAAAACACAUAUGAGAAUGAAGAGAGUGAAGAACAAAGGAGUGAAAAAUCGGCAGAUCAAAUUGCUGAAGAACGAGUGAAGAGGAUAAUUGAUACUGAUCUUGGACCAUGCUUUCAAACAGCUCCUACGAUACGGCCUACUCUAUUAGGCAUGAUGCCUGAGAAGAAUUGGAAUUCAACAGAGAAGGCAAUUUUCUUUGCCGGAUUAAUUUUUAGAAUAUUUUUCCUUAUGCCUGUGCGAGUUUGUCUACUCCUCACAUCAUUUGUUUUUGUUGCACUUGCUGGACUUCAAACCGCAUUCCGAACACUAUCGGAUCGUGAAAAAACAUGGGUUGCUAUCGUAUACUGUCGAUUGUUUUGUGGUAGUAUGGGACUAGUUGCCAACUACAGAAACCCACAAUUCAGACCCAAGAAACCAGGAGUUGCAGUUUCGAAUCAUUUAACCCCAAAUGAUAUUCAAAUUUUAUGGGCUGGAACACCACACGGAAGCUCAUAUGGAUACGUUGUCACUGGCCAAAAACACAAAGGAAUCAUUGGAAUCAUUGAACAUUUGGUUGAGAAACUAUGCCCAUCACUUUGGUUGGAAAGAAAAUGCAGUAAUGAGAGACAGGGAUUUCUGGCUGAAGUUAUGAAAAUUGCUAAACGAGAAGGACCAGUGUUACUAUUUCCGGAAGGAUAUUGUUCAAACAACAGCAAGGUGCUGCAAUUCAGAAAAGCUAUUUUUGAAGAAAAUGUCAAUAUCUAUCCAGUUGCAAUUAAGCAAUCCCCAGAGUUUGGAGAUGGCUUUUGGUAUGAAGACGAAUUUUUCCAAUACUUAGUUCGAAUUAUGCUUAACUGGGCAGUUGUCUAUGACAUUCAAUAUCUUCCUAUGGAAGUACGAAAAGAACAUGAAAAUAAUUCUCUGUUUGCUGCUAGAAUUCAGCAAGUCAUUGCGAAUGCAGCCGGAAUUCCAUCAUGUGAAUAUGGAGGAAGUCUCUGGUAUAAACAAGAAGAAAGGAAUAAACUGAAGGAAACCCUCAAAACUCAGCAUGAUAUUUCUGGAAGCAGAAAUAAUAGUGAUAGUGGGAUAUCUGGUGGAGGAGGAAGCAGUGAUAAUUUGAGCAUCGACGAUUUCGAAUCUGUUUCGGAGAACCAGUGUGAGGAAAAUGUGAUACCGGCUAUGAACUGAAUUUGUACAUUGUAAUUUUUGUUAUUAAAUCAUAUUGAAAAUUAAAACAACAACCAAAACGUGUCUUCAUAAUAAAAACUUUAAAAU